AUGCAAUCAUCUUUUUCAAAUCCACCAGCACCGGUGGAUUCAAUUGUUAUUAAUGACUUAUCAACACAAAAACCAACAACAACACUUCUACAUUCAUCAAAUAUAAAAAAACAAUAUCAUCAUCAUUUAUAUAAUUAUUGGACAUUAAAUGAACGUUUAAGAUCAAAAAAUGAAAAAUUAUUUAAAAUACAACAAUCAUCAUGUCGUUUUGCAUUCUAUUCAUUAUGGUUAUUUGUAUUAGCAGGUGUUAUGGCUAUAAUAGUAUAUCGUUUUACAAAUGAUUGUCCAUUACCAACAACUGAUCGAAAACAAUAUGGUUUGAAAUGUUUAAAACAUAUUCUCUUUCUUGUUGCUGUAUGUAUUAGUUUUCUUGCAUGUAGUGGUAUUAUAUUUGGUGCUUGCCGAUAUUUUCGUGCUCAACCUCGACAAUUGCUAUAUAAUGAUGAAUGUGAAUUACGUUUAAUACCCAAUUAUGACAUUUUAUCCAUACCUAAUACAUCAGAUUCGUGUUGUUGUCAAAGAUCAUUGCCUAAUCGUGCUUCUUUAUUAUCGUCUCAACAAAUUUCAAAUCCAAAUGAUGAACAUUCAAAUGUUACUAUGACUUCAUCUAUACAGAAUAUAUCAUCACAACGUAAGGUACCUCCAUUUACAUACGAGGAAUUACCACCGACUCACCCAUUAUCUCCUCCACCAUUACCACCACUACCGAUUUCACCAAGUUUUAAUUUAAACUCAGAAUCUUUUAAUACUACUAAUAAUAAAAGUAUAUUUUUUUCAUCGUCUGCUUCGUCUUCAUCAUCACCACAAUCGAUUUUUUCUACCACAAUGAUUUCUAAUAAUCCUAAUGCAACGACUUCUCAUAAUAACACACGUAAAUCAACGUUAACUUUUGAAGAUGCUCGUUCAAGUACGCCUAAUUCUUAUACGACUUGUGUAUGUGGAGCAGAUGUCUGGGAAAGGCAGCAAAGACCAUCAAUUUCAAUGUCACCUCGUUAA